UCCUGGACCUCGGAGCAGAAUGGCUGCAGUCUCAGAGCUCUCCGUCCUGCUGGUCUCUCUCAUCAGCAGCAUCCACGCAGGAGAACACCUCUUCAUCAGAGAGGGAGGGUCCUCUUACACCUUCAAGCCCCCCAAGACCACCACCUCCUGCCUGAUCUCCAGGUCUGUUGGUGGGGAGAACCUGGUCCUGUGGAACACCUCUGACCUCUGGUCCGACCAGUCCUCAGUACCUGGACCCCUGAAACAACGACUGCUCAGCGAUGUGAAGACUUCUUCUUACAGCAUCCUCAACCUGACCUGGUCUGACUCCGGCUCGUACCGAGAGGAGUGCUGGACCCAGGGCAAGGUAACCCAUGACAACAACAUCAUUAUUAGAGUUUGUCCUAUAAUGCAUAAGAUCGUUAUUGGAGCGAGACCUGGAGAAACAGUGGACCUGCCAUGUGAGGGAGCAGCUGGUAAUCAGGACGUCCAGUGGCUCAAACAGGACUCUAGUUAUGAAACAUGGAGCAGAGUUUUUGGGGACAGUUCGACAUCAGUGAUGGACAAUGUUAGAGGAAAAUACCAAGUGACAAACACAUCAGCUCUCCGUGUAUCCAAUGUCACAAAAACAGACUUUACGGACUACAGAUGUGUGGUGAUGGACCGGGAGCAGUGUCUUCACGAUUACAGGGAGACUGUACAGCUGGGACCACCGUCUGAGACAGUCUACCGCUCGGUGGGAGAGACCACUGCGUUGCCGUGCACUGUCACAGACUCCACUGACGAACAGCCCCCACGUUGGAUGAAGUAUAAUCCCGAAACCUUCUCCUACAAUGACCUAGAACUCCAAAACCAGACUGAUCCUUCAGUGGACCAGAACUACUCGCUGGUGUUUUCAUCUGUAAUGUUAAAUCACUCAGGUGUGUACGCUUGUGAACUGUAAAGCGUCU